CUAUCGGAGGGUCAGUACAGAGGCAGUGCCGCACUGUCGGAGGGUCAGUACAGAGGGAGUGCCGCACUGUUAGAGGGUCAGUACAGAGGGAGUGCUGCACUGUCCGAGAUCUAAAAGUUUUCCAUAGGCACAAGUAGAAAAUGGUGGUAAAAGGAGGAGUGGGAUCUGGCCAAUCAGCUGGCCUGCAGCUCUGAAGUCCCAGCAGCGCCAUCUGGGAGUUUUGGCCACUGCUGGGACUACAGGUAGUCCCACCACCCCAAGGAGCCAGGAUGAGCCGGUUUCUCCAUGUGCUUCGCAGUUGGUUAGUAAUGGUCGCUGUCAUCGCCGGCGGCAACACCAUUCAGAGUUUCCGGGACCACAGCUUUUUAUCGGACAAACUAUACACGGGGAGCCCAACACUCGUUAAUGGUCUACAGGCGAGGACAUUUGGGAUCUGGACUCUGCUGUCCUCCAUCAUUCGGUGUACAUGUGCGGUGGAUAUUCACAACAGAACGUUGUAUCACAUUACACUCUGGACCUUUAUUCUCGCUUUUGGCCACUUCUUGUCUGAGUCCUUCAUUUAUCACACAGCUCCCAUUACGAUAGGUGUCAUGGCACCCCUGUUAGUAGCUGGUUUUUCGAUUCUGGGAAUGAUGGUUGGAUUCCAGUACAUGGAGGAUCCCCUGGAGGCAACUUCCAUUCAACCGAAGAAGUGGAUCUAAAGCCUUCCCUGAUGGGCUGUCUGAUCACAAGGGCAGAACAAGCUGAAAGAUAAGCCCAUUCCUGCCACACGUCUGACCAGUUCACUUGGGCACCACACCGCCUGCACUUUCAAUUUCAUUCCUCUAAAUAACAAUGACUGAAAACCAUUCCCAGGCUGUAAAGAGUUUUGAGAUAGCCUGACUUCAUGAAAGAUGCUGUACAAAUGGGAAUCUUUCUUUCCAUCACUAAACGAUCAUUAUGAAAA